AUGAACGCCUCCGACCCAAUUGACCUGGCAGAGGAAGCCAAGUCCAGAGCUAUUGCGAACGAUGUCGCCAUCAGUGAGAAGCAUCCCGAGAUUGAGCCUGCUCCAGUCCACAGUGUGUCCUCUCUUCACGAUGAGGAUGAUGAUGCCCUCCACAAGAUCUAUCCCAAUGAGGACGAUUUGCGGAAUCUGCGACGUGUUGCAGGCAAAAUCCCAUGGACUACUUUCACCGUCGCGUUUGUCGAGCUUUGCGAACGAUUCUCGUACUAUGGCACAACGGCCGUCUUCGUGAACUUCAUUCAGCGUCCUCUACCAGCCAAUUCCACCACUGGUGCCCUCAUGCCCGGCUCUGACUUCAACAACGGUGUUCCCGGUGCUUUGGACAUGGGACAGCGUGCCUCAACCGGUCUGACCUUGUUCAACCAGUUCUGGUCCUACAUCAUGCCCUUGAUGGGUGCAUACGUGGCCGACCAGUAUUGGGGUCGUUUCCGCACUAUCUUCGCCUCUAUUGCUGUCGCUCUCGUGGGCCACUCUAUCUUGAUUGUUUCUGCAAUUCCCAACGUUAUCGCUACCCCCGGAGGCUCGAUCGCCUGCUUCUCUGUUGGUUUGGUGAUUAUGGGUGUGGGUACGGGUGGUUUCAAAUCCAACAUCUCUCCUCUGAUUGCAGAGCAAUAUGGGGAUGAUAGGCCCUAUGUUCGAGUUGAGUCCAAUGGCGAGCGCGUCAUUGUCGAUCCGGCCGCCACAGUGUCUCGCAUCUAUCUAUACUUCUACUUGAUGAUCAACGUGGGGUCCUUGACCGGUCAGAUUAGUAUGGUCUACGCCGAACGCUACGUCGGUUUCUGGCUCUCCUUCCUCCUUCCCACCAUCAUGUUCUGCCUCUGCCCGACAGUACUGUUCCUGUGCAAAUCGAAUUAUAAGCUCCACCCUCCCACUGGCUCUGUGUACUCAAAGGCCUUCCGUCUGUGGAAAUUGGCAAUGACGGGUCGCUGGUCGCUCAACCCCCUACGUCUAUUCCAGAGUACCCCCGGCUCGGGAGACUUCUGGCACAAUGUAAAGCCCAGCCAGUUGGGCGCGAACAAGCCGGAGUGGAUGACCUUUGAUGAUGAGUGGGUGGAUGAGGUACGGCGUGGAUUCAAGGCCUGCAAGGUCUUCUUAUGGUAUCCGCUUUACUGGCUGGCUUAUAACCAGAUGUUGAACAACCUGACCUCGCAAGCCGCCACCAUGCACCUAGGCGGCGUGCCAAACGAUAUCAUCAACAAUCUCAAUCCAUUCGCCCUCAUCAUCUUCAUUCCCAUCUUCGACAGACUGGUCUACCCUGGUCUGCGUCGGAUGGGAUACAAUUUCACUCCUCUUAAGCGUAUCACAGCCGGUUUCUUUGUGGCUGGCUGCUCCAUGAUCGUCGCAACCGUCACCCAAUAUUACAUUUAUAAACAGGGACCUUGCGGCAACCAGGCAAAUUACUGUCUGGAAGUCGAAGGAAAGCAAACCAACAUUUCUGUCUGGGUACAGACUCUUACCUACGUACUGGGCGGAAUUUCGGAGAUUUUUGCCUCGGUUACCUCGCUGGAGUACGCCUUCACUAAGGCUCCUCGCAACAUGCGAUCUCUCGUGCAGGCUGUGGCUCUCUUCAUGAACGCCAUCUCCGCAGCCAUCGGCCAGGCAUUGGUUGGCUUGUCCGCUGAUCCUCUGCUAGUUUGGAACUACGGUGUCGUCGCCAUCUUGGCCUUUGUCGGCUGUGCAGGCUUCUGGUUGACCAACUACAAGUUGGAUCGGGAGGAAGAUGCAUUGAACAUGUUGCCUCAGAGUGAAUAUGUGGGACGAAAGGCAGCUGAUGAGGAGAAGUAG